GCAGAGAAAUUGAGAAGAUGGGAAGAAAGGCCAACUGUGACAAUCAAUAUGCUAUGAACAGAGGUCCUUGGUCUGCUGAAGAAGACAAAAUUCUUAUGAACUACGUUCAAGUCCAUGGAGAAGGAAAAUGGAGAGAGCUUUCCAAAAGAGCAGGCUUGAAAAGAUGUGGGAAGAGUUGUAGACUCCGAUGGCUGAAUUAUCUCAAGCCAGAUAUCAAGAGAGGAAACAUUUCUUCGGAUGAAGAAGAUCUCAUUAUUAGACUGCAUAAGCUCUUAGGGAAUAGAUGGUCUCUAAUUGCGGGACGCUUACCAGGGCGAACAGACAAUGAAAUUAAGAACUAUUGGAAUACUUAUUUGAGAAAGAAGGCAGAGCACAAGCAUGACAAAAUUCCUAGCCAUAACGAUAACAUUCCUAUCAAAUUAAGAAUUGAAUCUCCGGGUUGCUCAAAAAAUUCCUUUGGUAAUGUUCUUGAUCCUACAAAAUCCCCUCACCCAAUGAGGUGUACCAAGGUUAUGAUGCCAGUCAAUGAUUCAGUCAACACAACGAAUUUGAUUACAACGAGCUGGGACAAUCAUAACCCUUCUUCUGCAUCCAUGCAACUAGAUGACUAUAAUCAUUGCUUAACAGGUGUCCUCCAAGAAUUUGACAUCAGUGACUUGUUAAUGUCGUAUGAGGAUGAUUUUCGUUUUAAUGGAUAUGCUUGUGUCGAAAUACCCCAACAUAUUUUUGAAGAUGAGACUUGCAGGCUUGAUGAUUCGUUGGGUGAAGAAGCAUGGUAUGAGAAUUGGAAGAAUGACCCCUAUUUUCCACAAGAUCAAGAUAUGGGUUUUUCUUCCUUUUAAAGUGUUUAAAAUUUAGGCACAUUACCUUAAAGUGUUUUUAGUAUUGUUCUUUAAUCAAAAUUAGAAUUUCAUUUUAGUAUCAUGUGCAAUUAAGGUUGACAUGAACUGUUGGUACUAAGAUGAAAUUUUAAUUUUGAAUCAAGAACAGGUCUAAAAUCCCUUAAAGUAUUGUGGCUAAAUAGUCUCCUUUUAAAAAACUGAACUUGAAUGAAAUGGUUGAGGAUGUUAAAUUAACAAAAAAAAAAAAAUGAACUUAUAAUAGAGUUUUGAUGGUUAUGUGACGUUUGCUGUGACUAGUAUGAUUUUGAUGAAGGUAUAUUAUAUGAGUUGUGUGUUAUUAGAGAGAAUUAUGCUACCUGCAGGGUUAUGUUGCAAUUUGGGUGAACUAUUCCAUGAAAAUUAUGAAAACUACCAUGCGUUACUCUAGUUAUAAGGAGGGAGCUACGGAGCUUAC